CUGAUGUGCCAGCUGGGUUGUAUGCUGUUGUUGACAAAAAGAAAGACCCACCGGUCUACGCAGAAGUAAACAAGCCACAGAAGGCCCCCAAACCAACAAAAGCUCCAGAGGGCCCGAUGUAUGCCGAAGUGAACAAAACUCAGAAUAAAGCCAAUGAGGAAACAGGUGCUUUCCGUAAAGCUAAGGGGAUCUUCAAGCCAAAGCCAGGGAAACCAAAAGGAAAACCUACGCCUGCUGACAAGACUGGUCUGAUCAAUGGCAAAAAGAAGGAUGGAAAUGGCCAAAGCUCUGCUAACACCUUUGAUAAUGCGGCUUUUACUGGGGAUGAAGUGAUGUAUUCUAACUCCGUAGAAGUUGAACGAACGGAACCAUCUGGCAGACCUGGCCAGAUGGAAGGUCCUCACGACCUGAUAUACGCAGACAUGGACUUCGUGGGCACCCAACCCAUCAUGCACCCUGCUGAGAAUACAACCACCUACGCCAGCAUUGCCUUUGGGCAGGUGGGACCGCCAGUUGUAUAUGACAAUGAUGAAGAGGACGGCCAUCCGAACAGUUCCUAAAGCUAAAUAGUUUAACAAUCUGCAAGAUAGCCCCUGUGCUGCUCAGUAAGUCAGCGGAAAACCUGUGGCUCGGAACUCAACAUAUUCAAAUACUU